AUGGAGCACCCGCCGGCGGACAGCGACUCGUUGGUGGUCCCCGGAUCGACACUGCGGAUGCUGCUGGGUCUGUGGCAGCCGCGGGGCGCGGCCCCCGGCACGCUGAGCACAGCGCUCGCCUUCGUGACGCUGGCCUCCACCACGUUCCUGGCGCUGUGUGCGGCCCUCAAGCUGUGCGCCGACCCUCCGCAGGAGCUCGAGCAGAUCACGCUGUGCGGCCUCGUCGCAUCCGCCUGUGUUGGAUAUUCCUUCAAGGCGGGGCUCUUCGUAGCACAGGGCGGCACGCUGCGUCACACGGUGCGACUGCUGGCAGACACCAGGCUACGGUUCUGCUGUGGAGAUAGCAGUGACGCUAUACGGCGCCGGUACCAGAACCAUUCAAACAUCAUUUACUACCUCUGUCAGAUGGUGACGGUGCCGGCGACGAUUGGGUGGGUCCUCUGCCCCGUGCUGUCCCGCGCCGUCACAAAGCCGGACACGGAGCACCAGGAAGCCCACCGGCAGCUGCCGUUGCCCGUCUGGCUCCCAGUCGACGUCUACGCAUCUCCCACGUACGAGUUCCUGUACGUCGUCCAGUCCUUCUGCACCCUGGUCGCAGCUCAGUCCUGCCUCAGUGUAGACAGCUUCUUUGUUCAUAUGAUGUUGAUGGUGGCCGCCGAGUUGGAAGUUUUGAACUGCAACCUUUCUGCCAUGGAACACACCAAUUCGACGAGAACUGAGGGAGAGCGAUUUUUUUCUGGACAUGAACGAAAUGGCGAACGAUUGGCAGUACUUGACAGCGGCAAAGUGGUUGAUCAACAUACAUUGCCAAAGAACACUGCACACGGGUGGCUUCAUCGACAGUUGCUGAAGAACGUGCUUCACCAUCAGGCAAUCCUAAGAUUGGACCCUCAAGACUUUCCCUUCAAUCCUCAAAGAAAGGAAGCUGAAAAUGUAUCUGGGCUAGCUGAAGAAAAUACUGAUGAACCUAAUGCAAACAUAUCUCUAUAA